AUGGAAGAAAGCUUGAGUGGCACCAUCAAGAUCCGCGAUGUGUCCUACGGCACCCUUCGUGCCUUUGUCAACUACCUCUACACAGCUGAGGUGGUAUGCCUUGACCAGCAAUUGGCCUGUGACCUCCUAGUAAUGGCUGAAAAAUACCAGGUGCUCCAUCUCAAAGAUUUGUGCCAGAAGUUCUUGGUGGCCAACCUCAACUGGGAGAAUUCUUUUUCGACCUACACCUUCGUGCACCAGCAUAACGCCAAGAAGAUCAUCGACGCAGCCUUGACGCUGAUCAUAGACAACAUGGACAAGCUUACUGCCCGGGAGGAGUACGAUGAGCUGAAGGAGAAAGAUCCACAACUUUUAUUCGAAAUCUAUGAAGCUUAUCUCUCCAAACAGGUUAAUAAAGCAGCAGCACAGAAGGGUUCUUCGGCUUCGUAUCCUCCCAAAUAUAAUUGGGAUAAUGAUGAGGUUCCGGAUUAUGACUGA